AUGUCCACUCGCAAGAGAAAGCAAGACGCCGAGGAGGAGGAGGUCCUCCAGGCGCUGCCUAGCGACGAGAGCGAGGAGGAAGAAGAAUAUGAAGACUCAGAGCCUGAUGUCAGCGAUGAGGGCGAUGACGACGAGGAUGAUGGCGGCGAGGAAGUUAGUGAUGAAGAUGAGGACGAAGAGGAGGAAGAUGAAGAUGAGGGUGGAGAUGAAGGCCCCCCAGCAGCAAAGAAACAAAAGACCGCUCCUGCAUCUAAAGACGAGGAGGGCGUCGAGAAAGAGAACGGGACGAACGGCGCGGCGAAGGCCAGUGCUCCCGCCGAAGAAGCUGUGAAGGCCAAGGGCGGUGAUGUUCCCAAGGAGUCUCCGCUGCCCGAGGUGGAGGAGGCUGAGGAGUAA